UGAACGGAUCCAUUAGUUCGGAUACCAUGAAGAAAUUAAUAGCCAAGAAGCCAGAUCUUAACAUCAACAGUCAGAUGACUGUGAUUGACAAAGGAAAGAAAAGAACUUUAGAAGAAUGUUUUCAGAUGUUUCAAAUUAUUCAUCAGCUUACUACUGGCCCUGAAGAUAUUCUAAUGGUUGGCCUUGAACUCACUAUGUAACCUAGGUUGGACUUGAAUGCUCAUCCUCCUACCUUGGCCUCCUGAUGAUUACUGGGUUAAUAAGCAUAUACCUCCAUGCCUGGCUGCCCUUCUGAGCUUUUGCCCAUAUGAGCUUUUACCUUCAUCAAGAGUCUGAUGAAAAAUGUUUUCCUCUUUAUUAUGGCGACUCUUUUUCAAAACCAAUGUGAGACAGUUGCCUAAAAGGUAAAAUAUAUUUUUAAAAAAAAUGUUCAUUGUAAAAGGUAUGAAAAAGGAACCAAAAUCAACAUCUCCUACUGGGUAGAGGAUGAUAUGGAGAAGGAAAUUUGGUCCUGUUUUCUGCAUCCAAAAUAACACAUGAAAUAUUUGACCUCAAAUGGGCAUGUCCUUAAUAAAGGUUUAUCUGUGUCUCAUAGGAAAUUUUUAAUUGCCUGGGUGGGCAUUGGAGAGAAUGCAAUUCAUGAAGUGCUUACAAAUUGAGUGGCUAAUCCCUAGAAAAAUUAUGUUUUCCUUUUGGGGACAGAGGACACCACCAUGUUAUCUGAAGCUUCAUGAUUCUAAAAUCUGACAUUGACUACUGACUUCCGUAUCAUUGAUUUGACCAGGGUGGCAUUUUACUUUAUUUAUUCAUUUUUCCAGUGCUAUGAACCAAACCCAAGAGCUUUUACAUGCUAGGCAAGUGCUUUACUCAGUCACAAGAUGGCAUUUUAAAAUGCUGUUUUGAUAAGUAGAAGGAAGCAAAACCUUGUCCAUCCUUAACUUAGGAAAAAAAAAACAGUAAAAAGUAUAACUUGUGUUUCUGGAGAGCUAACUUCAGACUGGUCAAGUAAAAACUUUCCUCCUUGGCCAAGACUGAUCUUCCUGAUAAGUAGUAGGUAUAUUAAUUAUCUUAGAGGAGAGAACUCUAGCUGUUUAGUUCAGCAAAAGUUGACUGAAUGCUCAGAGUGUUCCAGGCACUGUGCCAAAGAUGUUGAGAUAUGAAGAGAGAUAGACAUAGUUUCUGUUCCUGAGGAAUUUAUAGUCAGGUUAUGGAGACAUACUGUUGCAAUCAGUGCUUACUAGAGAAAUGGAUCUAAUACAAGACAUACAAAUAUAUAAGAAUUUAUGAGGUUGACUUACAGUGGCCACCCACAGAGUCAGGUGUAGAAGAGUACAAAAGGUCUAUCUGCACAGUGGAGCUCCGGAGGAUCCCGUCGAAGGCCUGGGGCUCAGUGUUGUGUCCCGUGUGAGUCCCUAUGAGGAGGCUGAAGAGUCUGUGCUGGAAACCAGGAGAUGACCUUCAAGAUAAAGGUGAAGACUGGAGCUCCUGUGAAGAAACAGAAGCGAGCCUUCCUUCUUCAUGUCCUUUUCACACCAUUCUGGUGACAAUCCUCCCUAGGCUGAGUCUUCCACACCUAGAUCCAAGGUCACAAAAGAUGUCAUUAAAGAAUUUGCUGAUGAUGGUGUCAAGUACCUGGAACUGAGGAGCACACCCAGGAGAGAAAACGCUACUGGAAUGACUAAAAAGACUUAUGUGGAAUCCAUACUUGAGGGUAUAAAACAGUCCAAACAAGAAAAUUUAGACAUCGAUGUUCGGUAUUUGAUAGCAAUUGACAGAAGAGGUGGCUCUUUGGUAGCCAAGGAGACUGUUAAACUCGCUGAAGAAUUCUUCCUUUCUGCUAAUGAUACAGUUCUUGGCCUUGACCUCAGUGGAGACCCAACUAUAGGUCAAGCAAAAGACUUCUUGGAACCACUUUUAGAAGCUAAAAAAACAGGCCUGAAGUUGGCAUUGCAUCUUUCAGAGAUUCCAAGUCAAAAAAAAGAAACCCAGGUGCUCCUGGAUCUCCUUCCUGACAGAAUUGGGCAUGGAACAUUUCUCAACUCCCCUGAGAGAGGAUCCCUGGAUCUGGUAAACUUUGUGAGGCAGCAUCGGAUACCACUGGAACUCUGUUUGACUUCAAACAUCAAAAGUCAGACAGUUUCAUCUUAUGACCAGCAUCACUUCGGAUUCUGGUACAGCAUUUCUCAUCCAUCUGUGAUCUGUACUGAUGAUAAGGGUGUUUUUGCAACAUGCCUUUCUCAAGAGUACCAGCUGGCAGCUGAAACAUUUAAACUGACCAAGUCUCAGGUGUGGGAUCUGUCUUAUGAAUCCAUCAACUACAUCUUUGCUUCUGACAGCACCAGAUCUAAACUGAGGAAGAAGUGGAAUCAUCUGAAGCCCAGAGUGUUACACUUUUAAGCGUAGUAAGAUGAACUACUAUUGGGUAUAUGUUGUAAGAUCUUCUUGCCAUAUCCUUCUCGGUAAACGACUCAUCACAUCGUUUAAAAUGCAGCAGCCAACCACUACACUGUACACAUAGCAGGUGCUCCAUAAAUACUCCUUAAACUGACUAGCAGGCCAUGAGUCUUACAUGGUUUUACUUCUCUGCUGCUCACUAGGAAAAACUGAAUUUCUCAUUCCACUAAGUUUUUUUUUUUUUUUAAACUUAAUGAUAUUUCUUCAUUUAGUGAUCAUAAAACAUCAGGGAAAUCAGCAAUUUCUUAUCAGGGCAAGUUUUCUAAUUACUAGUUUAAGGUAAAGAGAAAGGGGAAAACAGAUUGCUACAAAGACCUUUAAACCUGCUAGGUUUUGACAACAGCUCUGUACUUUUAUGUUCUGAGAAGCAAAACAGCCAUACCAAAUCUUGGAACCUAAUAAAUUCUAACUAUUCAGAAGUGA